AUGAUGAAGGGCUUCUUCAAGGCCCUCGCGGCGGCUGCGCUCGCAACGGCUUCUGUAGCUCAGGAAUCGGGGACCAACGGGACAGGUAGCCCAGCCCCGACCACAUUGAUCACCUCCCGCGUCCCCGAGGCUUCCGCGCCCCCGGGCUCCGAGUUGCCUACCGCCGCUCCUAUUCGUGUCCGACUUAAUCCGGCCAACGUCCGAAAUCUCGCUGAUUCCGACUACACCACGUGGACCAUCCCCGGGGCAUCGACCUCUAACCUCACAGUUGAUAAUGGUGUUUCUUUUAUUCUCACUGCCGGAAACAAUGCUGAGCUUUCUGGCAAUUAUUACAAGUACCAGUACACGCGUUUUCUCUCUUCUCUCGGAGAGCGAGUUGUAAACCAGGGCAUCAGCACCUCAACAAAGGAUGGAGCCGCACUCACACUCUCUAUCAAGGGUCUCGCUGCAGGAAAGCACAGCCUGUUGACAUGGCACAACGCCUGGGACAAGCUUGACAGCACGGCAACUCUUGAUAUCACCGUUGACGGCGAAAGCGCUCACACUGGCUUCAACCAAUCUUCUCGUGUCGACAACAUCUGGGAGGCCGCGACGUCAUACGUGACUUUUGAGGUUACCUCUUCAACCCAGGAGGUGAAGGUGGUCUAUACGCCUAAAGGCGCUGACCAGCGCGCGUUCAUCAACGGCUUCGAGGUCGACAGCCCGGAGAUUAAGAACCAGAUCAGCUUCCCCACACCGAAGCAUCGCGACGAGCGCAUCGAGGUAGACGGCGAGAAGAGCUUCAAGGCUUCCUGGCGCGCCCCUGCUUCGGCGGCCGGCGUCAAAUACAACGUUUUCCUUGGCACAUCUCCUACCGAGCUCAAGAGCGUUGUUGAGGGUGCCACCGAGACCGAGGCUACUUUGACUGGACUCAACACCCUUGACACGUUUUACUGGCGCGUUGAUGUUGUGUCUGGCGACGCAACUUACACUGGUCGCGUCUUCAUGUUCCGCGUGGCACAGUUGGCCUUCCCCGGUGCCGAGGGUUGGGGUCGUCUCGCUCGUGGUGGUCGUGGUGGCAAGGUCAUCAAGGUGACUAGCCUUGAGGAUACCAACGAUGAGGGCACUCUUCGCUAUGCUCUGACCGUCGCUAAGGGUCCCCGCAUCGUCGUCUUUGACGUUGCUGGCGUCAUCACCACAACCUCCCGCAUGUCCGUUAACGACCAAUACAUCACUGUUGCCGGCCAGACAGCUCCUGGAAAGGGUAUCGUGAUCCAAGGUUUCCCUCUCGGUCUUACUGGCGCGUCCGACGUCAUUUUCCGUCAUGUACGAGUUCGCCCGGGUAAGGUUUCCGGGCAGACUAUCGAUGGUAUGGGUAUGCAAGGCUCAAACCACUGCAUUUUUGACCGUUGCUCUAUGGGUUGGACUAUCGAUGAGGCGUUUAGCUCGCGAUCGGCCUGGAACAUUAGCUUCCAGCGAAACAUGAUCUCAGAGCCUUUGAACGUUGCCGGUCACAAGAACUACCCCGCGGGCACAGCCCACGGAUACAGCGCUACUAUUGGCGGUGAUGUUGGCUCUUUCCACCACAACCUCCUCGCUCACGCUGAGGGCCGAAGCUGGAGCAUGGGAGGUGGCGUUGACGACAACGCUGCUUUUGCUGGCCAACUUGAUAUUCGCAACAACGUCGUCUACAACUUUGGCGGCCGUGUGACCGAUGGCGGAGCCAAGAAGGUCAACUUCGUUGGUAACUACUACAAGCCUGGUCCUGCCAGCACCCUCACCUACACUUUGAAGGCUACAUACGAGGAUAACAUGCCCGGUAUGCAGCAGUACCACUGCGCGGGCAACUCCAUGUUCGGUGUUUUCGACCAGGACUCGGUUCAGUACCCUCCUGGAGACGGCACCUCCAUCAAGACCAAAAUUGCAUGCUACGCCGCGGUUUCCUUCUCCCCCGCACCGACCUACCAGAGGUUCUUCGAUAAGCCAUUUUUCGAGCCCCACGUGGACACUCAGCUCUCAACUGAGGCCUACAAGCGCGUCCUGUCAGACUCUGGUGUCAGCCAGCCAGUCCGGGAUGAGCAUGAUACUCGCAUCAUUAACGAGACGCUGACAGGCACCGCCAAGUACACCGGCUCUGUGUCCGGUAAGAAGGGUCUCAUCGACGACCCGAAGGACGCUGGUGGCCUUGAGAGCUUCCCUGAGGCCAAGCGCUCGGCGACCUGGGACGCCAAUGGAGACGGCAUUGCUGACUGGUGGGAUGGCUCCACCGGCGGCGACGGCUACACUCCUAUUGAAGGAUACCUCAAUUUCAUGGCUGAUCCGCACGCCUUUGUGUCCCCCUCCAAGUCGGUAGAGAUUGAUCUUGCUGCUUUGGCGUUGGGCUUCAAGAACCCUACCUUCACCGUCGCAGGUGCAACAAAGGGUAAGGUUACCGUCUCUGGAACUAAGGCGACAUACGAGGCCGGAGCGGAGAAGGGUGUUGAGUCCCUCGACGUCAGUAUUAAGGAUAGUGAAGGCAGCUCGUGGACGAGGAAGUUUGGCGUUGCCAUCUUUGAUGACGCGGAGACUGCUUAG